GUCGGUGGUUCCCAUCAAAGUAGGGUUUCUUUUUCUCUACCUUUCUCCUCCUCCUCCUCCUCUUUUCUUGAUCUCUCUAGGGGUUCUGAUAAUCUGGAUCUCGUCUUAGGGGGGGCUACUGCUUCUUUUCUCUUAUUCGGAUCUCAUCGGUGGCCGUCUCGAGGUUGCUGGUGAUGGAGAAUUGCUGGGAUUUCCUGGAAUGGCUGGGGCCGGACACCUCCACAAGGGUGUUCAUGUGCCUGAACGAACCUGCUGAUCUCGUGCGGGCCAGUGCUGUGUCCCAAUCCUGGCGCCGGUUCGGAAAAGAAUUGCGGAAAAAUGCAGCAAGAAUAUGUUACAUCAGAGGACUUAUUAUUGCUUCUAAGAAUGGAUGAUAACAUUGCCUGUAAUAAUGUAGAAAUGUUUUGCUGUUGUUGUUGUGGAGUUAUAUUUAUAUCUAGAUAUGAUUUCUAAGAAGGAAAAAAAAUUGAACUGUAUUGCAGUUAUUCUAAAUGGUUUUGGCAAAAAUCUAUGCUUAAGAAUUUGCCCGGAGGUAUCAAAUUUUACUCGUGUUAUCGAAUUAAGAAGUUCAGAUAAGUCUAUGGAAGUUGGAUCUAGCACUGCUAUUGAAUGGGAAAGCCUAGAGAGGGAGCACAAGGUGUACACAAAUUUGAGUUACUGCCUUGUUUCACCUAAGGGCAAAAGGGAUUGCAUUGUUGAUGCUAUUAGUGCUUCUAGCACUGAUAAUUAUCCAGAUGAGAGCAUUGAUAAUACACUGGAACCAAGUGAUAAAGUAGAUGCGAGGCCUUCUUACUGGUCAAGUGGGGGACAAAUAGAUCCUGGAGUGCCGGAAACUUUAACUUACAGAUUGGUUUCCAAGUUAUGCAUCAUUGAUGAAAUAAAGAUACAGCCGUUUAAAGCAUUCUUUCAGUUUGGUAAUCCCAUCUAUUCAGCAAAAUCUGUGCGUUUUCGGAUGGGUCAUUCCGCUGAUGACAACUACAGCUGGAUAUAUGUUUCGCCAGAAUUCCCAAUGGUGCAGGAAAAUGUUCUGCAAUCUUUCAAGCUCCCACGCCCAGUUCUCUGUAUAGGUGGAAUAGUGCAGAUUGAGCUGGCAGGUAGAGUCCAGAAGCAAGCAAUAGAUGGUUUAUAUUACAUAUGUGUGUGCCAUGUUCAAGUGAUUGGACGCCCACUGUCACCUGUGCUAGAAGUGGAUAUCAAUGAAACAGUGGGCAAUUCAGUUUUGAAGUACUUCCCUGAUGCUAGCUCUGUACAAGAUGAGGCAAGAGAGUCUCAAUGGCAUGCAUUUGCGGCAAGAAUCUGGCAUUUGGGAGCUGGAAGGGGAUGGAACCAUGCAAUUCUGAACACAUUGUUAGGACCUGCAGACGCUUCUGAUGAUGAAGAUGGUCCAGACGAGGAGUUAUUUGCAUGAUUUACCUUGGUGUCAGCUUGCAUAUAAAUCUUUAUCUUCUUUUACAUGUAUAUUUAUAAUGUAGCAGAUUGCUAAGAGCCUUGCCAGUGGGAUUGCUUAAGUAGAUGAGAAGGAGCUUGUGCCAAUAUAUUAUGGUGCCUACUAUGUAUAUCAAUCAAGAACAUGUUUAAUUGGCUGCUUUGGUUUCGACAGAUUUACCAAUAUGUAUAGAUCAUUGGAGCCAGAAAAUUGCUAAUUCUGCAA